GAUUAAAAGACAUAGAGAGGAUGAUAGCCUUUCUAUGUCUGAAAGUAUUUCUAUAUUAACUAACAUUAUUGUUGAAAGAGAAAUUAUAGGAAACGAUCCACCUAUUGUUUCAUUUUUUAAGCUUCGAUCUAUCGCUGAAAGCAAGAAUGGUCAAUUAGGUUUUUUUUUUAAUGAAAUUGAAGAGAUGGCUUGUUUGGAAAAAAAAAACGAUGCUGAAUGA